AUGCGUUCCAUGGCGAUGCGAUUGAAACGUGGUGCUCCAAUAUCGUCGCGUGUUCAGUCGAAUCUCGAUUCAUCAGCUCGUGCACCAAAGUUACGGCGAGUCACUAGCGGUGGAACACGCAAUCGAGAAAUUCAGGCCGUCCAACCAGAGCCAAUGACUCAGCCACCCGCUCCGCAAGUGCCUAGUAUGCAGCAGCAAGUUCAACCUGAUCAACCACCGUCUACGUCUCAGCUGGUGGCAGCCGCAGCAGCGGCUGCGGCCAGCGUCAAUGGCACCGAUUUUGCCGCUUCUCCUGGGCAAUGCACUCAUUGUGGUUCACGCGGACCAUGUCCUGCUUGCAUGCCAUGCUAUUGCGCCUACUGUCCGCAUUCUGCGGCUGUUGCAGGAGCUGCUCCGGUUCCAUUGAAUCCUCCACCCCCUCCGCUUCAACCUGCUCAACCAAUGCCUGUACCUGGAAAUCCGCCAUUCCCACAUCUCGCUCCACCUGCACAACUAUCGCAAAUGGCAUCAGCUGGUCUCCGCUAUGUACACGAUGCGAUAUUUGCCAGUCACAUGUUAGAGUCUAUGCAACGUCACCAACAACAGCAGCAACAACGGCAACAAGAACAGCUGAGCCAAUUCGGUCGUCUUUUGCCCAGCUCCACGGGACUCUACGUACUACCGCGAACCGGAGGCUAUCCGGCGGCGUCGAAUGGUCGCCUGGAAUUACACAUGUUAGUAAACUCCGCAAUGCCUCCCGAACUUCUCGGUAUGGUCGAACGACCGCUGGAUCGACAUCACAUGUUUGCUGCACCGGUCGCCGAACCUUUGCCAGUUGGUGCUAGUCCACAGGAUAUUGAGAAAUGUACCGAAAAGAUGAACUUCAUAAAAGAUGUCGAGGUGCCGGAAAACGAAAUAGAACGGUGCACGGUGUGCCUGUGUGAGUUUGAGACCGGCGAAGAAGUGCGAAAUUUGCGUUGUACGCACAUAUUCCACGUGAACUGCAUCGAUAAAUGGCUGGUGUAUAACAAGAAAUGUCCGGUGUGUCGGCUGGACGUCGACAAGCAAAAGGCGGUGCUGGUUGAAUAG